AUGCCCGUCAUCGUCGACCUGGACGCCGAAGCGGCCCCAAAGCCCCGCAUUCUCGUCGUCUCUCUCGAAUAUCAGGAGUGCUAUGACGAAUCUGUCAACCGGUUCUUGACCCCCAUGACCGAGCUGGCUACUGUUCAGCGCGUCAAGAAGGCCGCCACCCUCACCCGUCUCCUCACCAACGAGAGUUCUGAGCCGUACUCCGCCAUCGUCCUAACUGACGCCGCGCUCACGCUUCCCGAAAACCUUCCUCUCUGGGAGCACGUCCUCUCUUACCUGCGCCGUACAGGCGCCACCGCUGUACUCACCGGUCAAGUGGCGUGUUUUGUCAUCCCCGGUGACCUCGACGACUUUUUCCGUGUCUCGGGCCUUCCCGAGUGGAAGGCCGGCAUGUACCAGCGCAACAUCGUCGUGAUGAACGAACAGGCCGACGGCAUCCGCGACGCUACGCACUUUGACAUUGGCGACAAGAAUGGUCUUAAGGCUGCCUACAGCGUCAAGUCGCUGUGCCUGUCGGGUGUGAAGAGCGAGCACAGGUGGUAUGUUCCCGACGCCACUCAGGAGGAUCCAAACCUGAACAUCGCCGCAAGACUUACUAGGAGUCCUGAAGGUCGGGAUCCGGAGCGGGUGCGCCAGCAAGCUGCGGUGGCAUACGGUCCCGUGGGAGAGAAGGGUAGAAUUGGCUGGGUGGGCGAUAUCAACACUGAGGACCCCUCGGUCAAGGUCAUUUUGGCCUUGUGCGGGCUUGAUCCAGCUAAGGCCCAUGUCGAGCCGUUGAAGCCUCGUGGGUUGCGGUUCGACGCUGCACAAGGACGUUUUGUCGAGAUUGAGGACUGA